UCAGCGUUUUGAUGUUCAAAUACAUACCGAAAGAAACAAAAUUUCAAACACAUCGAUCCAUAGGCUAAUCAGUCUGAAUUAAAAUGUUCUAAACUUGACACCUAAUUUCGCUGGCUUUCUUUCAAAUUGACGCCUGUUUUUUUUUUUGAAAAAAAAACAUAAAAAUAUGAACAAAAAUCUGUUUGUAUUUUUCCUGUUAUUUCUAUGCGUAGCUAAUUGCAAAUCGGGAUCGAUCACUUUGUUUGAUGAUGGGAACGAUGGAUUGGAACCUGGAAAAUUAGAAACAAAAUGCAACGGCAAGCGGCAAUCUGACGUAGAUGAAAUUAAAUCGGAAAUUACGAACGACUCGGGCGCUACCGCUAAAAGCCCCGCUCUUUCCUUGAUAGACAUAGAGAACGACAGGCAGACCGACGAUACUGAGGACGGGGCACGAGAUCGCGUCGAAACGGGAGAGAAUAAGUCAAAGAGAAAGCAGAGAUGUCAGUCAAACAAUAUUGUGGGAUCCAUACACAGAUCAAACCUUAUCUCUGAGUCUCCAACAAAUAAUAUCCGACCUCUGAUGUUAGUUAAAAGAGAUUCGCCUAAAGAAACUCAAGCAAUUUUCAAAUGUAUAAAUUGCAGGAACCGCAUGAAAUGUAUAACUGGAAAAUGUACCGAAUGUGACAUAUAUUGCAAAAAUCUUCCUGACACAGAAGAUAACGAGUUUAUGAUGUUAAAAAAUAGCCCCGAAGUAGUGGGUAUAUCAAACAGAAUGUCCCUAACCCCACAAAAUGACAUUUUCUCGAAAACCCUGUAUCCAAUAUCGACAUACAGGGCUGGCGAAACUAAAGACAUUAUUUGUAGAUUGGUAGGAAUAACCGAUACCACAGAUAUAGAAACAGUUACAAUUUGGGUGACAACUUAUACGAACAACCCACCGAAAGUACUGAAUCCUAUCAUGAACGACCAGCCAAAGGACCAGCAAGGAUCUGACAGCAAACAUAUUACGGAUUCAAAUGAGCCUAAUCCUGACUUGAAAUCUAGAUUCAACGAAUACGAUGAAGAUCAGUUCCCCAGAAUCAGUGACGAUGACAACGAAAACAUUAGAAGAAAUCCUGAUAUUAUAGAAGGACCCCCUCCAUUGCUAGGAACCAACAACAAUAUUGAUCCUUCUGAAGCCAUUACUGGACCUACAAACAGCAAUAUCAUUGUUGAACCUCCAGAGUUUGAAUCAGAUUCACCAGAUAAUUCAGUAGACUCACCAACCGUUCCAUCUGACCAAGCCAUAGAUAGCAUCAUCAAACCAAACAAAAUAAUAACAACCGGCAAGCCUUCUUUGAUCUCAAGACUAAAAGAACUUACUGAGAAGAGAUUAAAAAAAUUAUCGUCUCCCCCAACACUAAAGAGUGUCCUGCCUAAGAAUUUACAAGAUUCGUCUACCAAAAGUGAUUCUGAUGAGAUUCCUGAAGUCACUAGUGUUCCGUUGUUUAAAGGAAUGCACAAAACAGAAGAAAUAAUUGACCCUCUUAGUGUUUUAGGUGAUCCAAUAGAAUCUCCGUCUACAAAACCCGUUGAUGCAGACGGUCAAAUAUCAAAAAUCAACGACGCAAUUCAAGAAGUCCAAUCCAUAGUCCGCAAAAUGCAAGAGGACGCUUCGAAAGCCUCAGAAAACAGACUUUUAGGCUCUGACCUAUCUUCAGCAGCCAGUCCGGCAACACCCAACCCUGUUUUGCCCAAUCACGUAGUCGAUAACUUCAAAAAAGUCAACCAGUACAUCAAAAAUCGAGCUCAGGACGUCCUGGAUGCCAUAAAAGACCCAGAAAAUGCAGAAAAGCAGGACAGUUUGAAGGACGAACAUUCCGACAUGACUAAAAACUUGUUAAGCAACUUCAAAAAGAUGCCUCAGUAUGUUUUGGACAGGGUGCAAGAUUCUUUGAGCAAGUUAUCAAAUGGUAAAACUGUUGAAAAUGGUUCAAUAAAUGAGAAUAACGUUGAAGUCAAAGAAAGGUUUGGUAAUGAUGAUACUUUGUCUGAAAAUGUUGGGCUGUCAAACAACAACGAGGACCCUAUUGAAACAACUCCUGUAGAAUCUCCAACAACGAAAACUUACAAAACUAAACUCGAUAAAUACUUGGCAGAAUUAAAGGAAAAACGACAGAAAAUUUAUUCGCCCGAAAAAUUCAAACUGGAUAACACAAAAGACCCCUACAAUCUUAAAAGUGCAAGAAUAAACCAACAAAAUUCGAUUUUAUCGAGAUCUGGAGAUGACAGCAGUGAUACAAAUACAGAAGCUGUAACAAAUAGCAUUUUAGAGAGCUUAAACAAACAGAGAGAACUACUUAAAGACAAGAUACAGAGUUAUAUUGAAGAUGCUAAUACAAAAAGAGGUCAGAAGAAUCAGAAUAUUGAAAAUGAUAAUGCCAUAGAUGGUAUGGUUGAGGCUAGACCAAAUAAUGAUUUACCCAACUUGGAUAGAGAUAAAAAUAUUAAAGAAAAUAAAGGACAGGAUGGUGAAAAACCUGAUAAAUUGAAGAAAUAUGUCUCCAAAUUAAAAUCCAGAAUGAAUUUGGAGAAAGCCAAUCUUCAAAGUGCUGCUAAAAAGGCACAGUCUAAUCUAAAAUCAGUACAGGAUGAAGAUAAAACAAGGGAGUUCUUAAGAAAGCUCUCUACGCCUUUUCCCAAACUUGACAAAGCACCAGAAGAGUUUUCUUACCACUUAGCCAAAGGAAGGAGUGAUAUUAAUGAUGGAAAUUUAGAAAUGGAAUCACCUGACGAAGUAACAACACCGGAAUCUGUAGACCAGAACGAAGAAACCAGAGAAUUUCUCAACAAACUUAAUACACCAUUUCCAAAAAUGAUACUACCUCCAGAAGAAUUUCCAUAUCAUUUAGCCCAAGGCAGAAACAAUGAAAACGAUGGAAAUUUAGAACUGAAGUCUCCUUUUGAUGAAAAACCGACCGAAAAUAGCUUGGAUAGUCAAGUUGUAUCUAAGCAGCCGGAAAAAAUAAAAAAAUAUUUUGAAAAACUCAAAUCCAGAAUGAAUUUGGACAAACCUUUCUUGAAGCCAGCUCAGAACACUGAAAAUUUACUGAAUUCGAGAUUUGGUAAUGAUCCAAUCACUGAAAACACUCCGAAUCAAAGAACUGAAAGUAUGUUUGGCAACAAAGAUGCUAAGAAAAAAGCAUUGAAAGCUAAAUUACAAGAAUACAUGGCUAAAGUCAAAAAACCUCGCUUAGACCAAGAAACCGUCAAACAACAACCUCCUUUGAUCAAGAACAGACUCCAACCAAUUCAACCUGUUACAAGCAGAAUAACUGGGUUGACCACUCCAAAAUCCAUAGAGAAACAAAAGUCUGAGCUGAAUGCAAUGAUGGACAACUUGAAAAGCAUGUUGAAAGAACGGAUGGCUAAGAAAUCUGAGCCUACUGUUUAUGAAAUUGUCAAUGGUGGUCCCAAUGAAGAAAAUCUGCAAAGUGUGGUACCAAAUUCACCUGAAAGUGUACUUGGAGAUACCAAUAGCGGUGGUGAAGUAAUUGGGGAUACAGAUGAGCAAUUGGUGCCUAGUUUGGAAAGUAGAAAUACUCUGGAAAGUACACAGCCUGCAUCUGAUUGGUCAAGCAGCUUAGGCCAAAUAGUAUCGGCUUCGUCCAAUCCCAAUGAAGUAUUUUUCAUGGCCAGCGGUAUCAAACUUCCUAUGAAGAUAGUCAAGCAAGAAGAUGGCACUCUGGACCUAUCUCUAGACCUUGAAAAGUUGUGCGCCUGCAAAAACACAACCUGUCCACAAAAUCCUGCAGUCAUCGAGGAAACAGUGGGCGCCAUCUUGGAAAAAGAAGCCGAGAUUGAAGACCAGUUAAAUAUUGAAAAUACUAUUAUAGAUGGUUCGAAAAGACAUAAGUCUGAGCUGUCAAAAAGAUCCCCGGAUAUGUCAAAAUAUCCAAGUCCAAAUUUGGAUAAUGUCCUAAACGAAAUUAACGAUUUCGGGAAGAAAAUCAAGCAUUCCUUUAGCAAGACUGUGAACGAGGUUCAGAAAGACAUUGAUCAAACAAACAACGCAAUUGUUAAAGGCAUCAGAACAGAUAAAAUCAGUGAUAUUCCUAAGAUUAAUCCAAAAAUUACCUUGAUAAAGAAUAUUUUAAACUAAAAACCUCAUUAACCA